UCAAUUUUGCUUGAUGUUAGGGAGGGGAACUGAGUUUAAAAUAGCCAAGGAGAAGGGGGUAAAUUAUAAGAGACGGACACGUCUAAAGUAAAACAUUAAUGAAAUGUCAGUCAGUUAGUCAACCGUUUGCUUAAAUUGAUUUAAUUCGGAUUUAUUUAUGAAAUGUUUAGACGUUUAGUCUCGGGAGAGUUAAUUAUUCUACAGUGGAGACGGUCUCAGUCGUCGAAAUGUCUGAGAUUACUGUCGUGCAACUCCGUAAUCGGUUCCGACCGUGGACAGGACCUGUCGAGAGAGGAGCGAACUGUUCCGACCGAACGGGUUCCUUCCCGACCCGAGAAACAGAAACGGGUGUGUAAAGUCGUAUUGGACCGUUUUGACCAACAGUACGGUCAGGAACUUGGCCCCCUAUGGCCGUCUGCAAGGGCUGUGUUGUUGAACCCUGGGUGCUGGCAGUAUGGAGUGAUGCUCAACCGUUUUGCUGCGGUGUCAGAGGUCAAACAACGCCUCCAAGGGCAAGGCUUCGUCAGCCUACUGCCCCACACAGACCUGCCUCUUAACUCCUCUCUCCCCCAGCCUCACCCUACCUCUCCCACCCAGCCUAGCUCCAUCUCUCACCCCAGCCCUCACCCUACCUCUCCCACCCAGCCUAGCUCCAUCCCUCACCCCAGCCCUCACCCUACCUCUCCCACCCAGCCCAGCUCCAUCCCUCACCCCGGUCCUCCUCCCUCCCUGCAGUGUUUCAUCCACCCCUCCCCAGUGCGUUACCCCUCUCCUCCUCACCGCCAGGGCCAGUUGAAACCCUACUACCUGAUGAAUGCUGCCUCCCUGCUGCCUGUCUUAGCCCUGGGGGUAGAGGAGGGGGACAGGGUCCUGGAUCUCUGCUCGGCUCCUGGAGGGAAGGCCUUGGCUAUACUACAGACUGCUGACCCAGCUCCGUUGUGUUGUAAUGAAAUGGACCCACACCGACGUGAUUGGCUGGCCAAAACCCUGGAAUCCUUCAUCCCCCAAUCGCUGAGCAGCACUGUCCCCGUGUCCAAUCAGGAUGGACGGAUCUUUGGGCAGAGUGAAGCCGGAAUGUAUGACAAGGUUCUGCUGGAUGCUCCAUGUUCUAAUGAUCGUAGCUGGCUGUUCUCUGGUCCAGGAGGGGAGCAGCAUGGAGCUGUGAGGCUGAGGGAGAGGGCCAGGCUGCCCACACUACAGACACAACUGCUCAGAUCUGCGCUGGCUGCGGUGCGUCCGGGGGGCGUGGCCGUCUACUCCACCUGCACGUUGUCCCGCUCUGAGAACCAGGAAGUGGUGGAGGCGGUCCUAAACACCUGUCCAGGGGUGGAGCUUCAAGACCUGGAGGAGGAGCUAGCCCUUCCGCUCCAGGAACACUUCACCUUCACCCCGUUAGGCCACACCCCCUCGUUAGGCCUCCUUGUUGUUCCACAGCAGGGUCAGACCUGGGGACCAAUGUUCCUGUCGCGCAUCAAGAGGAUUCACUGAUUGGUUGAUUUUCUCGCUGACUUCCAGUCACGCAUUAAGAGGACUCGCUGACUUCCUGUCACGCAUUAAGAGGACUCGCUGACUUCCUGUCACGUAUCAAGAGGACGAAAUGACUGAGCAUGUCAGACGCUGAGGCUGGUCUUCGAUGGAUUCCACAAUGCAACAUGUUUUCAUGUGACGGCUACUGCUAACGAGCUAACUCUCUAGGGCUGUGUUCCAAAUGCCACUCUAUAUAUAGCACACACAAGUAGUGCACUAUAUAGGGAAUAGGGUGCUAUUUAGGAAGCACCCUUGGUUUCACAUGCUCUUUGCCCAUAGUCCUAUCUGGCAUCAAGAAGACCCACUGAACUCUUAAAUAAAGGUUAAAUCCCAAUGACCUCUGAAUACCCACAACAGUUUUUGAUACAAGGAAGCAGUGGCGGCUGCUGAUUGGCUGAAUACUCGAGGUGCAUUAUGGUUUGAAUGGUCAACAAAGCAACAUGACCGAAAUAUGAGGCCAAGUUUUCAAACUACCUGUAGUUUCCUAUCUAUAUCUAUCUAUCUAUAUCUAUCUAUCUAUAUCUAUCUAUCUCUAUCUAUCUAUCUAUAUCUAUCUAUAUCUCUAUCUAUCUAUCUAUC